UCUUGCUAUCAGACAUAAGUAACCCAAUAGAACACGCAUCACCAUCUCUCCCUAGCAAGGUCUUCUAGGGAUAACAACAUCCGGCCAUGCACGGCUCCUCCAUCCGCGCCGCUCUGGCGAAAGUCUUCCAGAUCUCUCUUCGUCCGACAGUACGCAAUGCUAUCGCAGCUCCAGCUUCGUCAACCUCAACAAGCAGCGCCAGGACGAGUAGCGCCUCGUUUUCGACUAGUCCACCUCAUGCAGCAAAGAAGGGGGGUAAAGCUAGGGUCGACCGAAGAAUCACCCUAAUACGCUUCUUCCUGUACCACCCCACAACACUCACACCACGGCCACUCCGCUUCUCUCGAAACCGGUACUUGCGCCAUUGGACGAUCCACCGCGCUUGGCAAUUGUAUCGCUCGAAAGUCCGGCAACAGCGCCAAUUGGAACUUGAAAGGCAAUAUAACGCCAUGCGCGAGGCGAAUGAGGAGUUGCGCGUUGGCGCGGGCGAUGGCGGCCGGUUAUUCAGGAAGGCCCAGAUGAAGACUGGCGUGUGGAGUAUACCAGAAAGAGGAGGUGGUGUGCCGAUUGAGUACGCCCGGGGCAUGGUAGAGUACAUGGGCAGCACGGGCGGGUUGGGGAGCAGUGGUACGGGACUGGGCGCGAAGGCGAAGGUCUGGGACGAGGGGUGGAAACGAUAGUAACGGCCAGGGCAGAAACGUUAUCAACCCCUUACUUGGGGGUACCGCAGACGAAGGGAUCCGGGUGCUAAAUGUCAUGUUGCCUGCAAGUCAAGACGGGGAGUACUGCAUGAUUAUCAGGGACGAGGCUCGGCGCAAAGACAGAGACACGGCAGCGAACAAAGCACUUCAUGCAACCCUAAGACCGGGGGAGGUUAGAGAACCCAGAACCCAGAACACAGGGAUUUGACUGCUGUAUAUUGUGGCAGAAUACUGUAUAACAUCGGCUCAGUCGGGUCGUAGGACAAGGAAAUGGUUAUUAUUGGAUGGUGGUCCAGAAUCUCCGUCGAUACAUCGACCAAAGGCAUCAAGCAUCCAGCAUUCUGACAUGGAAGAUGAAGGAGCCAUCCCCAAAAAGGUGAAAUGAUCCGCUUUUUGGAUACGGAAUGUAAAUGCGACGCUCGUUCUUG